AUGCACGGCGUAACGAAUUUGCUACAGUCAAUAGCGAGAGAUUUAACUCCUCCGAUUGGAACCAACCGCCUCAGCGCCGCUCCUUUCAACUUCUGUGCUAAUAAUCCACAGCAGUGCGCGUACUGGAAGUGUAUUGUGGAUAAUAUCAAGAACAGUAAAGAGAUAGAGUCGUUAAAGUCAGCAACAAAGAUUCUGACUGAUCCCGAGCUACGACACGCAUUUGCGACAACACCAGAGCUUCAAGAAGCUGCUUGCGAUAUCCACGGACCAGAUGGAUUUCAAUGCCAAAUAUUUCGAAGCUUGCUUAAAAUUACAGAUGGACUUGCUCCAAAAACUAAGACACUGAAACCGUCAGGAAGGAACCACAUCCGAACGAAACGUGAGGAUCGUGAAGAAUUUAACAGUAGUCCAGAUUUCGAGGACGUUCCGUUGGAUAGGGCAGUUCGCGACAUUUACACUGACUAUUACGAUGGAAAGGUAGCAACGAAAUACUCCGCUGCCUAUGCUGCAGUUCCAGCGCGCAGUCAAACCCGUCGAAUGCGUGACUGCGAUGCAAUUCUGACUGGCAAAGCCUACUAUCCUCAAUAUGUGCCCAAUCUCCACGUCAGCCAACCUCAGCAGAGGAGGCUACAGCAACAACGCAACCGCAAGUUAAGAUCUGGCAGGUCGAAAUCGGCGGCCCGAAAUUAA